GUGGCUGCGCAGCUUGCAAGCUGCAAUUUUCCAUCUUUGAUCACAAGUCUCAAUGUUUGGGUAACUUCGCCGUUACGAAAUAGAUCUCGAAGACUCUUCCCUCUAACAGUGGUUGCUAAAGAAUUGCUUUGAAAAUAACCCUCCGAGGAAGUGUUAAAGCUCUGAAUUUGCUGUCGUCCAGCUGUUAUAUCAGAUCUGUAACUUAGGCGCUGGCUGAAUAUUUUCCGCAAACAAGUCAUGAAUUCAUCCAAUCUUACAAAUGCCACAAAUUCUACAUACUCUGAAGAUUAUCAUGUCUACUUCAUGGUAGAAGCGUUUUCCAUCAUGGUUUUGUUUGUACUUGCUAUAGCAACAGUUAUUAGCAAUGGCGUGUUUCUGUUUACGUAUUACAAAGACCCGCUCCAGUGUCUUCGAACUCCGUCGGCGAUCUUUAUCGCUGGCUUGACAAGCGCCAAUUUCCUGACUGGUUUGAUCGUGGAGCCAGCUUAUGUGGUGUUCUAUCUCUGGGCCUACACCUCCGAUUCAGAAGACCUGUGGAAAUUUCUUCGCUUCGCUCAAGCUUUUUCAUUUUUCACUAUGAACGCAUCCUUCCUCAUUAUGUUAGGACUGGGGAUUAUUCAGUAUUUACUGAUUAACAGCCCCAGAAUUUACGACAAGUUCGUAAGCCCAAAAUCUGCGCGCAUCGGAGUGGUUUUUAUUUGGAUUUAUGCAAUAUUUUUCGCAUUGCUGCCUGAAAUGUUUGAUGUUGAUGACUUCGCCUACAUCUUGACGGACUUGAUAAUGCAUGUAACACUGUUGACUAUUGCCCUUCUAGUACUGUACAUAGCCAUUUACUUCCAGUUCCGUAAGCUGGCUGAACGACAUCGAAAUGCUGAUUUAGGGGAAAAUGCAGGACAGGAAGGACUUUCUGCAGAAGCUACUGAGUCAGAACAGCGGAGACGACAGGCUGAAAAAGAUUUUGUGUAUGGAACAUUGAUCUUGACAGCAAUGUUGAUCAUAACUGUUUGGCCAUUCUGUAUAACUUUAGCCCUAGUGCUGUUCAACUUUACAUUGAACGGGUAUAUUGCAUUGAUGAUUGCCCAGCUUUUCCUGUUGUGGAAGUUUGCCAUGGAUCCUUUUGUUUUUGCCUGGCGUUUAAGGAAGUUUAGGAAGUCACUGAUUCUGGCAAUGCAGAGAACCUGUUGCUGUCCAAACCCAUCAUUGCUGGGAGCUACAUAUAUCAGGCGGGAUGAGGUACCAAGUCCCAAACCAGAGGAUGAUGAUGAUGAUAUGGAGGUGACAGUCAUAGAAAACAGAGAACAAGAUCAUGGAGCUAAUGCAUAAUUCAAGUACUAUUUGUAAACUGAAAUUGUAGGGAUAGACAAAGCAAGUCAACAGGUUUCCAAUAAACCCUUUGGCCAGUUAGAGUGACUAGCAUCUAUCGGUAAUUUUUCCCUACAAUAUCACCCCUAAAUCAAACAUUAACAUCACAAGAUGAGGAAAUGACCACCAACUAAACAAGCCUUUGAUUGUAAAAAAAAUUGUCCUUGUGUAGGUCAUACUGGGGUAAGUGAGGUAAGUGAACCCAUUGUAAUUUGGUCAUAAAAGCCUAUACUAGAAGAGAUGUGAAGGGAGAGUAGCAAAGGGGGGGGGGGGGGGGGGUCCUGAUCCCAUUUAUGCACAAAUUUUAGAAAAAUUCCAAAUCAUAUAUACUUUUAACAGCAUUUUAUACAUUUCAAAUUCAAAGGGGUGAAUUUCAAAGCUCUCUUCUUGGAGCAAAGUUUCAGGGAAAUGUUGAGGCUUUCACAAAAUGAAAAAAAAAAAAUCCAGGGUUCACAUAUCAUGUUUGACUUAAUUUUGGCUUUAAUCUCACUUCACAUCUAGACCUUUUGCUACCCUCUCAAAGUGGACCCCUCAUAUGACGGCUUGACAACAUAGUAAAUCACAGACAAACUGACCCUUUCACUUCCAAGAAAUAUCAACAAAUGAUUGUCCCUUUGCUUUAUUGCAUUGUUCUUUAGAGAGGUGACGAGGAGAAAGAGAAUAAUCAAAGUAGAGGAUAUUGCUUGAUUCAUCACCAACUUGUCAGCUUUGGAAUCAUAAGAAAUGUGUUACACAGAGUAAAUAGAAUUGAUACUGAAAUCUUGGAAGUGAAAGGACUUCUAUGUUUAUAAUUUAGGAAGGUAAGGAGAUAGUUAUGAGAGAAAAGUAGAUUCUAGUUUUUCAUUGGCUCUGUGAUAAGCAAUUUGAUAUAGAGGUAAUGCUGUCUUGCACAUUUUAUGAAAUAGUUUUGCAUAUAAAGGAUCAAGUAUCCACAAUUAAGUUUCAAAGGACUGUUAACUUACUACUGAGUGGAACUGUAGUUUAAUUUAAAAUCAGCUGUGUCUAAAGUGACUGGAACUCAAUCUUUUUGUCUUCUAUCAAUUCAUUUUUGUAGAGGUUUACCUUGAGGAUACUUAAGUACUUUUAUACUUCUUAAAGAAGGAGAUGAAUUUUUAAGCCAUACACAGCAAGCAAAAUUAUAAAGGUAGUACAAACAGAGCUUGUCAUUAAGUAAUAAUGAUAAAUUUGUAUGAGAUCAGGUAUUCUGAUUAGUUAAUCAAUCAAUCCUCAACAGAAGUGAGGGUUUAACAUCUUCAAUUGCUAUAGCUUUGCAGUUUAAGAGGUUUCUAAUCAAACAUUGCAUUACAUAUGUUUUAGAGAUUGCAAAAUCAUUGCAAAUUUUUCAUAACUGGCAAAAGUAAUGUGUGCCUGCAAUUGUCAUUUUUUUGCCUUUUUAUGUGCUGUAAUUUAAGUGGAAAGUCACUGAAACUAAUUAUGAUGCUAGAGCUAUAUGUUUUUCUUUUGAUUUCUCAUUGGCUCCUUGCAAAAUAUGCUCCUGAUUAGCUGUGAUUAUUACUUAGGUUUUGGUGUACACUCACUCUAAAAAAAGUGCCCUUUGCCAUGCAAUACAGCAAGUUUACCCAGAAAAUAAGGUAGCUUUGCAUCCUUUUGGGUCAAUGGAUGUUCUUUGUAAAAACACUAUCAGUUUUUUUCUCUUUUAUUGGUGCAUAUCAUGUUUUGGGGCAGUCCUAUUAUUCAGAUAGAUGUAAUGAUAUUAGUUAAACAACCAUGAGUUGAGACUGCCACUAUUAAGCUGCAGCAUGGAAUAGUUAUUGUUAAAACUUAUGAAAUUAUUUAAAUUAUAUUGUAGUCCUUAUGUAGUCCUUAUUUUAAGAAAGGGCUAAGGUGAAAUUAAAAGGUUAACUGUUUAGAAUGGAAUAGAAUCUCUUAGCCAUGUA